GUUUCUUUCCUCCUGGAUCCUCUGCAGUGCGGGAUGCGGCCGUGUCCUGAGGGGUGCCGUGUGGAUCUUGGAUCGGACGGCUGUGGGUGAUGCAGUAUUACAGGAGGUGUUCAGUUUAGUAGAUCGGACAGAUCAGACUGGACAUCAUGGCGGGGAAGGAGAACACUUGCCGUAAGUUUGAGGCGAACAUCUUCAACAAGAGCAAGUGCCAGAACUGCUUCAAACCCCGAGAGUCACACCUGCUCACUGACGACGACUACACACAGGCUAAGCCUAUAUAUGGAGGAUGGCUGCUCCUGGCACCUGAAGGAACAAACUUCGACAACCCGUUACACCGGUCCCGAAAAUGGCAAAGACGCUUCUUUCUUCUUUAUGAACACGGACUCCUGCGCUACGCUCUUGAUGAGAUGGCCAGCACCCUUCCUCAGGGCACCAUAAACCUGAAUGUGUGUGUAGACGUGGUGGACGGGGAGAGUGUGACGGGACAGAAACACUCACUCUGCAUCUGCACUCCGGACAGAGAGCACUACGUCAGAGCCGAGAGCCGUGAGGUCAUCAGCGGAUGGCAGGAGGCUUUGAUCGUGUUUCCUCGGACUAACAAACAGAACCAGACUAAGAAACGGAAAGUGGAGCCGCCCACUCCACAGGAACCUGGUCCGGCCAAGGUCACAGUAACGAGCAGUGUGGCUCAGUCUGAUGGGGCUGUGAGAGAUUCCGAGCGUGUCCCUGGGGGACGUAAGCCGAGGGUGGAGAGCGGGUAUUUCUCCCUGGAGAAGCCGAAAGCCGAUCAGCCCCAGCAGGAGGCGCUCUCUCCCUCCUCCUCAUCCUCCUCUUCCUCUCGUCUGAGGUACAGUACCUCGGAGCCGGCGCUUUUCCCCUCAGACACACACGAUUCACCUGACACACACACGACACACUCGGACUUCUCAGACACACCCGCCGAUUCACGAUCCGCCGAUGCUCCGCGCACACACUCCGCGCUGACGACACACACGGCACGGUCCUCUUCUCCACACACACGCACGCUGGCGUCGCCGCUCUCGUCCUCUCAGAGUUCCCUCGACUCCGAGUCCAGUCCUGAGAGGCGGAGUCGGGCUGGGAGAGUGGGCGGGGCCACCACGUCAGAGGUCGGAGGGAUCGACGCGAGGCCCAGACGAGGUGGGCGGAGCUACGCGGCGCUGGCGGACGUCCCCCGUGCGAGGAGGCUGAGUCACCGCGAGGCGUUCCGUUCCGAGCGCAAACGCCAGGAGCUGAGGGCGAGGACGCAGAGCCCGGGCAGGGAGGAGGUGGAGAGGCUGUUCGGACACCAGAGGAAGCGUACUCAGGUGAUUGAACGAUUUGAGACUCAACAGUCAGCAGAUGCACCUGAGCACAUGGAUACAACAGAAGCGUCCUCUUCCUCCAGUCAGUCCACCAGUCAGAGGACAGGACGUAGUGAGAGGCGUCUCCCUGCCCAGAAACAGGAUCUCUCACUGGACGCAAGUACGGGAGCCUCAGUGACGGACUUUUCAGGAAAAAUGUCUGUUUACAGAAGAGCAAAAAGCCUCGACCGCCGAGUUACAGAGACGUCCAUGACGCCUGAUCUGCUGAACUUUAAGAAAGGAUGGAUGACCAAACUGUACGAGGAUGGGCUAUGGAAGAAGCACUGGUUUGUUCUGACAGAUCAAAGUCUGAGAUAUUACAGAGACUCCAUCGCUGAAGAGGCAGCGGAUCUGGACGGAGAGAUUGAUUUGUCCACGUGUUAUGACGUCACAGAGUUUCCCGUUCAGAGGAACUACGGCUUCCAAAUCCACAAUAAGGAGGGGGUGGUCACUCUCUCCGCUAUGACUUCUGGGAUUCGGAGGAACUGGAUUCAGGCCAUCAUGAAGAGUGUGAAACCCACCAUCAGCCCCGACGUCACACGGAAAAACGUCUCUCUCAAACUCUCUGUUCUCAAAACGAGUUCUGUCCCAGAUGAACACACUAAUGCUAAGUCAACCCCCCCAACCCCCGACGUCUCCCGGCCUUCACAGGUCUGGGGUCAAAGGUCAUGUGAUGUCAUUUUAGAUUCAGCCUCUGACCAUCGUAAACCCCGGCCCCGCGACCGCAGACGAGAGGGACGAUCCAAAACCUUUGACUGGGCGGAGUUUCAGAAUGAGAGGGCGGCAGAUUUGGACACAAGCUCCUCCCCCUCCCCUUCUUCUGUUUCCUCUUCUGCUUCCUCGCCUUCCUCAUCAGUAUCAGACAGGAAGUUACUUCAUCGGGGUCAGGAAGUGGCUUCAGAAAACCAAAAAGGGCAUGAGGGCGUGGCCAGUGGUCUCCCAUCAGUUAAUCAGAACCCUGAUGUACAAGUUGAGAUCGAGGAACGGUGGCAUCAGGUAGAGACCACGCCCCUGAGGGAGGAGAAACAGGUGCCCAUCACAAGAAGCUCUGCCCCCUUUACUCCUGGGGACCAAAUUCCAGCUGAGCUCACCGCCCUGCUGGACACAGAGUUGGGUCAGACCCAGAGGCAGGUAGUGAGGCUUCAGGAACAAAACACACUCCUGCAGGAACAGCUACACGAUGCAGAACACAAUGCACGGGAAGGUUACGUGUUACAGUGUACCAAUGAACCAGGACAACCGUCACCCGACUCCACAUCUUCUUCCUCAUCACACCGAGCUCCCUGGCAAUGUUUCAGCAAGCUGAACCAGGAACUUAAGACAGAGCUGGAAGCUCAACGACGGAAGCAGGAUCUGGCUAAUCAGCAAGUCAACAACCUGAGACGGAGCUACAGCGAGGCACAGGAUAUGCUUGGGCAUCACGAAGCUGAAAUCGGGGCACUGCAGGCAAAACUUGCUUCUGCGAUGACUGAAAUUGUAGCGAGUGAACAGGCAGUGGCUCGCAUGCGCAGCGAGCUGAAGCUGGAACAGAGUCGUUGCCUUGAGCAUAAAGAGGAGUGGAGUCGCAAUGAAAUCACGUUACGGGCACAACUGCGGGAGAGCGAGGAACGCCUCCGGGACGUGGAGGCAAGUUUGUUAGAAAAGACCCAAGCGCUGAGGUUAGUGGAGAGACAACAGGCCUUGCAACGGGACCAGCACAAGGAAGUGCAGAGGCUUCAGGAAAAGCUAACUGAGGUAACUGGGCGACUCAUUGCGACAGAAGAGGCACAGGCUUUAAGAGAGGAGCGGGAGAAGAAAGAGAAGCGCUGCCUAGAGGAAAAGCAUGAGCAGGAGCGGCAAGGACUGAGUCGUAGGCUGGCAGAGUCUGAGGAAAAGAGGCUCCAGGCUGAGGAGCAGAUCCAGGAAGCUCAGGAACAAGUAGAAACGCUCCUUAGAGGAGGUGUUGGGGAGCGGGUAGAAUCAGAGGUCAGGGAGGAGAUGCUACGUCUGCAGCAGGUUCUGAACGAGCAGACAGAUAUUAUUGAGAACCUUCAAGAGAGUGUAAGAAGGCUGGAAGUGGAGAGAGAUCACCUCUUAUGUCGAUGCCAGGAAUUGGUUAAUCAGAUUGCAGAGGCAGACAAAGAAGUAGGAAAACUGCAGACACAGCUAAAGACAGAAGAGGCAGAUUACUACGCUUUGGAAAGGUCAUAUGAGCGAGUUUCAGACGAGUUUUCAAGAAUCAGUCGUGUUUUGAGAGAAAAGGAAGAAGAGGUCCGACAGACAAAGGAGACAUAUGAGAAGCUGGUGAGACAAAAAGACCAGGAUUUAAAUGAAGCCCUUGUCAAGAUGGCUGCUCUGGGAAGCAGCCUGGAAGAAACUGAACAACGCCUUAAGGCAAAGGAUGAGCUGCUCAGUCAGGUUGGGAAUAGGAAGACGGAACAAGAGUUGCAGGAGAAGCUGGUGUUAGCAGAGGACCGAAUAUCUGAACUGGAGGAGCAUCUCAAUGCUUUGCGUUUGGGGUAUGCAAACCUUAAAAUGGAACAAUGCUGCUCUCAAGAGGAUGUCCUUGAUGCAGUAGAAAAACAAGCAGAGCAUGAUAUAUCCUGUUCUACCUCUUCUUUGACUCUUGCAAGAAGCAGCUCAGAGACGGAAGUGUCCUUUGCCAAGCGGCAGAGAAUCCGCUUCUCCAACAUUCAGUGCCACAAAUACCACCAGUCUCAAAGAAUUGACAGGGUUCUCACAGAACACUCAAGCCAGGAUUUUACUCAAGAGGAAAGGCAGGACCUUGCACCAGAAAUGAACCUUACUCUCACAGAUGACAACAUCCAGGAUUUAUCUCAGGACAUCAGCUUAGUAAGUGACAGCACAUUCCAGUACUGCAGUGAUACAGAACAUUUUUUAUCCAUCAUCCAUGCACUAGAAUCAAAGCUUCAGGUCACAGAGGAUAAGCUUCGUGAGGUCACAUCUAAGAUGCAAAGUGAAGAAGAACAGCCUAGUGACAAAGUUCUGAUGGAAGUAUGCUCUGAUGAUACCUCUGCUCAACCAUACCAGGAUGAACCUGAUGGUAAAUCUCACUCUUGCUCGGACGGCAUUGUACAGGAUAAUUUUAACAGUGAAGAUUACAAUAAAGCUCUGGCAUUUGUAGAGUCCUGCAGGCUGAGGGUUAAGGAGAUCCUCGGAGCUCUCAAUGUAGAGGGAAAGGCCCAAGCACAAGUUCACACCUUAGCUGAGAUUGAGAAAGACUUGGUUAAUGCAGCUUUGCACAUUAAGCAUGUUGGCGUUCCAUAUCAAGGUUGUCUUACCUGUCAGAUCGAGCCGCAGAAUCAAGUGGAUAAAAGUGCAGUAAAGGUCUUUGCACGGAUGUUAUCAUUUGAAGGAACUAUUUUGGAAAAAAUGGCAUGUUCUCUUCAAGAUCCAAAAUCCGAACUAAUGCAAAGUCUUAUCGAGAUAAAUAGAGAAUCCCAGCAGGUUAAGAUCAACCACCAGGACUGUGUUUCUGUGAUUUACACUGACAUUUUGAUGAGAAAACUAAAACUCCACAGCAUGCUGAUAAAUGAGCUCCACCAAGCACAUACCCUUGGUGACCAAGAAGCCGAUUUGCAUAUACUUGGUUGUACCGAUUUGCCUUUGAGUUCAAUUCACAAUGCUUGUAUUAUCGCUGAACUUGCAUAUUGUCUUCAGAACUUAAAGCAUUCUUAUCAAGACAAGUUUGAGGAACUUCAGAAAGACUUGAUCAAGGUAAAAGAGAUCUUGCAACAAAGGGAUAUAGAUGUAAGAGAAGGAGCUAUGACUCACAAUGCCGAACGUGUCACUCAAGGUGUUCAUGAUAAGCUCAAUGCUGAUAGAAAGACUUCAGUUUCUGACAUCAGUCCUGCUGAACUUGCCCCUUAUGCAGAGCAAAUUGAGAGGGAAGAAGCUCACAUGCUUGCUCAAGAAAUAAUAGAAAAGCACUUAGCUGGAAUCAUAGAGUCAUGUGUCACAGAAUCAGUGGCAUCACUGUAUACCAGACGAGAGAGUCUCAUUAUUGAGCUAAAGAGCCAAGCAAAAGUCCUUUACCAUAUGUCUCAGCAGCUCGAGAAGGCAUGUGAGGAAGAUAACAGCUCUGUUCUUUGUGGACUUGCAGUUCAAAUCCAAGCGGUUUUAGGACCCAGAGUCCUAAUGUGUAACUCUUUUAGCAUGGAUGAGGCUUUGAUUCAGGUGCAAAUAGCAUACGUUGCCUGUCGACUGCGAGCUGAUCAUGAGAGGGAGCUAUCUCUCUGCCAGGAGACUAGCCACAGUAUGGCUACUUUGGUCCAGGAGCAUGCCCAGCACGUAGCAGCCAUCCACCAGCGUUUCCAGACUAACCUUGAGGAGGAACGGCUCCAGUACUUCAAAACAAUUAACUCCAUUCAGGAGGAAAAUGAAACUCUACGAGAAGAAGCCACGAAGCAGCUUAAGGAGAUGGACAGGCAGCGGGACCAGAUUGUACAGAUGGAGGUGGCUUUUCAGAAGGAGUUGCAGGAAAUUAGGAAAAAGCAUGCUGAUGAACUUGGUCAGGCAGAGCAGGAACGAGCCACCUGUGAGUUAGCGUUAAUUGAACGUGCAGAAAACACUCAAGGAAAGCUUGAAACCUUGUUGCAAGAAGUUGAGGAAAAGGAACUAAGGCAUAAGGAACACAUAUGCAAACUGGAGCAGGAACUCCGUGAGAAAGUUCAGGAACUGGAAAAAGUUCAUCAGGAAGAGAUUCAGAAACUACAUGACCGGUACAGUCAGACUAUUCGAACUCUGGGAGAGAGAUUAGAGACAAUAGCAGAUGAUGCACAACAUUCAUCUACAGCAGAGACACAAGGUGCAGGACACCUGGAGGAGGUGAGCAGGGACUCGAUGUCACUGCUGAGGAGCCGUGUGCAGGAGCUGGAACUGCAGACGAUGAACAUGCGUGAUGAACUGGAGAACAAACCACCAGAUGGAGACAUGGCUAGUCUGAGAGAAAAGUACCAGAGAGACUUCGACAGUCUUAAGGAGACGUGUGAGCGUGGGUUCGCGGCCAUGGAGGAAACUCAUCAGAAGGUGAUUGAGGAUCUUCAGCGUCAGCAUCAGCGUGAGAUUAACAAACUGCUGGAGGAGAGAGAGAGGUUACUGGAGGAGGAGACAAACGCCACCAUCGCUGCGAUUGAGGCAAUGAAAAACGCUCACCGUGAGGAACUGGAGAAAACACAGCGAGCACAGCUGAGUGGAGUCAGUACAGACAUUGAACAACUACGCAUGCAGUACGAAGAGGAGCUGCAAUCCAUCCAUCGUGAGCUGGAGGUGUUAUCAGAGCAGUACUCUCAGAAAUGUUUGGAGAACACACACCUCGCUCAGGCACUGGAGGCCGAGAGACAGGCACUGCAGCAGUGUCAGAGGGAGAACCAACAACUACACACACACAACCAGGAGCUGAAUAACCGUCUGUCAGUUGAGAUUUCUCGCAUGCGUUCCUGUUACAGUGGAGAGAAAACACCAUCACCCCUUACACAGGGCAAAGACCUAUACGAACUAGAGGUCCUGCUUCGUAUAAAGGACUCCGAAAUUCAGUAUCUGAAACAGGAGAUCAACUCACUAAAGGAUGAGCUUCAGUCUGCACUGAGGGAUAAGAAGUAUGCUUCUGAUAAGUACAAGGAUAUCUACACAGAGCUGAGCAUCGUGAGAGCUAAAGCCGACUGUGACAUCAGCAAACUGAGAGAAAAACUACUGGCUGCGACAGAAGCUCUCGGAGAAAAAGACACAGCCACACACACACCAGGAUAUGAUAUCAUGAAGUCAAAAAGUAACCCUGACUUCCUAAAGAAAGAACGCCCAGCUGUGUCCAGGCAGGUCCGUGGUGUGAGGUCAAAGUCUGUUAGUGUGGAGGUGCCUUGGGAUAGCUAACCCCGCCCCCUUCAGUGAUAGUCUGAAGGAGGGAUUAACAGUGCAGGAACGGAUGAAACUGUUUGAAGCAAAAGACUCAAGGAAGAUAUGAACAACCUUUACACACACACACACACACACACACACACACACACACACACACACACACUUAUCACUAUGAAUGAACAAACAAGAUUAUUAUGUUUAAUUAAUAUUUUAAUUGUUAUAAUGAGUGAAAAGUCAUCAGCUGCUUAGUUUUUAUUUGUGUGUGUGUGUGUGUGUGUGUGUGUGUGUGUGUGUGUGUGUGUGUGAGACGUGAGAGAGAGAUUUGUUAACUGCUGUAUAACUUUAUUCAGUUAUUCAGAAAGAGCCAGCUGUAAAUUUGCUAACAAUGUUAUAAAUAAGUGUGUGUGUGUGUGUGUGUGUGUGUGUGCGUGUGUGUGUGUGCGUGAGAGAGAGAGAGAUUUUAGCUUAUUUUAUAACUAUUUUUUUAAUACACAGCUCGUUAUAUCUCAGUUGGUCCCUCACCCCUCGCUCCUGUCAGUCAGUGUUACAGACCAUCUGAUUGGUUCCUGCAGUUGAGCAGCUUUUCCUACAGCUACUUACAAUUAACACACACACACACACACACACACACACACACACACACACAAAUAGUCAGUCAUCUCUAUAAUUGUAGCCUGCUAGCUGAAGCUAAAGCACUAGCAUGUGAGAUGGUGCUCUCCACCUGGGGCAAUGCAUUAUGGGUAGUACAUAGUGACCUUUAACUACUGAGAAUAACACAGUAAGAACACCCAAACAGUAAAUACACAGUAGCAGGUGAAAUAGUGCUCACUCAGUCCUGUGCAAAAGUUUAUACACCCCAAGAAUAACAGUUUUUAAAAAUGUGUUAAUUUAUAAAAAAAAAACAAGACUUUUACAUUUAUUUGAUUUCACAGAUGUUUAUUCACCUCUUAUUAUAACUAUUUA